GAGAGAGAGAGACUAGCUGUGGGAUACUGGAUGAACGGAGGAGAGAAGGGGAGGAGGUAGGAGGGGAGGGAGGAUGGAAAGGGGAGGGGGUUUGAGUGUGUGUGGAAGAGAGAGAACCACAGAGAGACAGAAAGAGAAGGGACAGACGGCAGGGGCGGCAGCCGGAGGAAGAGUCACGGUGAAAGGAUCAGUAAGGCAACCGUCUGGGAACGACAGAUCCAGAGACACAGAAAAAAAGAGAGGAAGACGUAGUCAGAGGUCAACCCCUUCCUGAUCGAUGAAAGAAACCAUGCCAGUCCUCUCUGCAGGAGCAGGGUUGCAUGAGACGCUUGCCCUGCUGACCUCACAGCUGCAUCCAGAUGCCAAUCACAAAGAGGACAUGGUCUUCCUCAAGGAUGUCUUCAGUGAGAGGAGUCUCAGCUAUCUGAUGAAGAUCCAUGAGAAGUUGCGUCAGUACGAAAGGCAGAGCCCCACCCCUGUUCUCCACAGUGCCUCCACUCUGGCAGAGGAUGUGGCAGAGGAGUUGCAAAGUGGACCAAUGAGUGCUGAGGAAAAAGAGCUGCUACAUUUGCUGACAUCACCACAUCUCAAGGCGGUUUUGUCAGUUCACGACACGGUGGCGCAGAAGAACUUUGACCCAGUGCUGCCUCCUCUCCCCGAUGACUUUGAGGAUGAACUAGAUGAGGAGUCUGUCAAGAUUGUCCGCCUAGUCAAAAACAAAGAGCCGCUGGGUGCCACUAUUCGGCGGGAUGAUUCCACAGGGGCCGUGAUUGUGGCUCGGAUCAUGAAAGGAGGGGCUGCAGACAGGAGUGGUCUGGUGCAUGUCGGUGAUGAACUGAGAGAGGUCAACGGCAGCUCUGUAAUGCACAAGAGACCAGAUGAGAUCAGUCAACUACUGUCUCAAUCACAAGGAUCUAUCACACUGAAGAUCAUCCCAGCAAUCAAAGAUGAGGACAAGCUGAAAGAGAGCAAGGUCUACAUGCGAGCGCUGUUUGAUUACACUCCAUUGGAGGACAAAGCCACGCCAUGUCAGGAGGCAGGGCUUCCGUUUAAACGAGGAGACAUCCUGCAGGUGGUCAGUCAGGGUGAUCAGACGUGGUGGCAGGCCAAGAGAGUGGGAGAUUGCAACCUGCGUGCAGGACUCAUCCCAUCCAAACAGUUUCAGGAGAGGCGGUUAGCCUACAGAAUAAAACUGGGGACCCUUCAAAGCUCAAAGUCUCCAAAUAAAGCUGUCUAUGACCAGGGAUGUGACAAAGAGGACUGUGACUGUGAGGGGUAUUUCAAUGGACAGUACAUAGCCGGUUUAAGGAGAAGCUUCCGCCUAAGUCGGAAGGACCGUCGAGGUUCUUCAGGAGAGGCCAAUGUUUCUGACCAGAAUGACACAGAAUUCCUCAUCUAUGAAGAAGUGACAUGUUACCAGCAGAAGCCCAAUGAGAGACACCGAUUAGUAGUUCUCAUUGGUUCUCUGGGAGCACGUAUCAAUGAGCUGAAGCAAAAAGUGAUAGCAGAAAAUCCCCAUCGCUACGCUGUGGCUGUGCCCCACACCACACGGCCCAAAAAGAGCCAUGAGAAGGAGGGAGUGGAGUACCACUUUGUGACUAAGCAGGCGUUUGAUGCAGAUGCAGAGAAUAACAAAUUUAUAGAGUAUGGAGUGUAUAAGGAGAAUCUGUAUGGGACCAGUAUAGAGGCCAUCCGCUCCGUUCAAGCCAAGAACAAAAUGUGUCUAGUAGAUGUACAGCCUGAGGCUCUGAAGGCCCUACGGACAGCCGAAUUUAAGCCUUAUGUCAUUUUCGUAAAACCAAGAAUCCCAGAGAGUCGCAGACGCCGCAGUGCUACUACUUCACCAGGAGGAGGUGAACAUGCACGAAUAACAGAGGAGGACCUGCAGGAAAUGCGUCUGUCGGCACAGCAGAUAGAUCAACAGUACGGUCACCAAGUGGAUCGGGUCCUGAUUAAGGAGGACACUGCCAGUGCCUGCGCAGAACUACGUAGCAUCCUGGAGAGACUGGAGCGGGAGACCUUCUGGGUUCCUGUGAGCUGGGUCAAAGCCUAGGACCUCAGCUUCAUUUCAGACUGUUGACCUACAUUUCCACUGAUGGCUUUUCUUCCAGUCGGACUGCACUCACCCACCUGGACAUGGCUUCUUUGAGUGGUCCACCAUUUUUAAGAGGAGGCAUAAAAAAAGACUACAAAAAGACUUUAAGGCCAUCAAAGGUGUCUGUCUUAUUACAGCUUUUGUUUCCAGGCUGAGACAUGCAGGCACAUAAGCACUUAUAUUGGCAUGAACGAUCUAAUUUAUUUUUGAAUGAUAUUAGUUAUUUAUUAAUUUGCUUGUUAUUUCAUGAAGUUAGUUUGUUUGAUACUAUGUGGCUUCCUUUCAGGUUAUUUGUACUUUCAAUAGACUGUUCACUAAAGCAAUACUUCCAGUAUCAGAUUAUAUUAUCAGAAAGGCAUUGACCAUUGGUAUUAAUUGGCUGUGGAAUGUGGUUACCAUAGCAACAACAUUGUUCUUCCUGAAUUGCACAUUUGGCCAGAGCAAGUGGGAAAUUUGUAGGUUGGUCUGUACAUUUUUCAACAAUGCACAUCAAGCCGUUCCCACGCACACCCAUGCAGAGACUCAUUUAGCAACCGUAACUACUUCAGUUUGAGAUCAUUUGAAGUUUUAAUUUCAUCUAGUGUUGCUUGUCAGACUUUGUUGUCUAAUGUAAUCACAUAAAUCAAGUUCUUUUUGAAGAGCACGACUGAUCAAUGUUUUCACAGGAAAAUAUUAAACUCCUGCUGUGCCAACAACUGUCUCAAUGCACCAAGCUUUUCUUCUCAAGGAUUGUCUUCAUAUGGAGGGUAACGAAAUACCAUGCGAAAGCCCUUGAGCUUCACAAUAUCUAUGUAAAUAUGUAACUAAGCUUCCUGGAGUCUAGGCUCGUUGGGUGUAGCACCCAGGACCCUUAUUUCAAACUAGACUCUGGUUGUAAAGGUCUAUGCGACAGUUCAGAGUGCAUAUGUUACAUCUGCAUCAUGAACUCAUGCAUCUUUUGCCAUUUAACUUUCACAUCUCUCUAGAACGUUCUACCAUUUCCCAACAUAUCAUACAAAUUCUCUUGAUCCUACCUCACCUUGGGUUUGAACU